AUGCUGACCUUGCAGAGCCUGCCCGCGCGCGAGUAUAAACAAGGCUCUGGACUCCGGAGGCUGGACGGGAGAAGGCUUGUGCUGGUGAAUGCGCUGGUUCGCUAUAAUGUACAAAGAGUCUCGAUCAGAAGGUCUGCUGCACAUCACCUGCUCGUCUGCUUGCCUCCCUCCUUCCUGUUCAUCUCGCUCGCGUCCCUCCCCUCUCCCUACGCACGCCCGCCCGCGCGCAUCCCUUCGGCUGCGGCGACCGGCAGCCAGCACGGACGGAAGGGCGGGGGCUCAGUUACCUUGCAAAGGUCAAAUUCCGCGAUGAAUGCGACUCAGAGAGUUGACCCUAAGAUUGCUCAACAAGCCUCACAAUUCAAACGAUGGGGGCGAAAACAUCCAUUUGUUCGAUAUGGUCUUCCACUCAUUUCUUUGACAGUGUUUGGUGCGGUCGGUCUAGGUCAUCUUAUACAGGGAGGCAAAGAGGUAACAAAGGAAAAGGAGGAUAUAGAAUGGGAGGUUGUAGAGACAACAAAAGCUCUGAGCCGAACAGGGCCCGUGGAAGGGGCCUAUAAGCCUAAGAACCUCUCACUCGAGGAUGAACUGAAGGCUUUGCAGCAAAAGGUGGACAUAAACAGCUACGACUACAAGAGAAUUCCGAAACCAACUGAAAAUAAGUGAAGUAAAGCGUCGUUACCAUCCCGAAUGGGAAAUUGCUUUAAAAGCUUUACAAGUAGUUUAUUGGUGUUGUUUCUUCACGAUUUCAUUCGGAUGUUGUUGUUGGAGUGUCAAAAUGAGACAGGGAAGACACUAACAUCAGACCUUUCUGCUUUGUCGGCUACCUCCUAUAUAUAAGGAGCUAGGUUGAGGAUCCUUGAGCCUGUAGGAAUCAGUGUUUGUAGCGACAGGAGCCAGGCAUGGCAUACCUUUGAGAUUUUGUGGCGAUCAAAUAUUGACUCAUCAAGGGGGCAAUAAAUUGGUGCAGAGUAGAUGUUAGCAAUCAGAUUUUGUAUAACAUUUCUUGGAAGCGAAUUAAGAUGUAUUGCGAUCAAUUGUUGCCUUGUUGUCCAAACACUAGACAAAAGGGGAGGGAAGUUUGUAUUCAUACA